GUUUCAGUUGUCAUGUCACUUGAAAAUCCUUCCUACGUUUUUAUUGUGGUUUCAGUAAAGAUAUUCUACAUUUUGUUUAUUUUUACCUAAUUUAGCUGAAAAUUAACGGAACUAUCUCUAUGUUUACAAAGUGCUAACUAAUAUAUAAUAAUAAGUGUUUAAAUAUGUUUUGCAAGUCCACCAAUAGUAGUUAGUCCUAAAAAACAUUACAAUAUGUGGUCGUUUUUCUCUCGUGAUCCUACAAAGGAUUUCCCUUACGAAGUAGGGGAUCCUGUACGUGGCUUAGAAGAUAAGACUGUCUGGACAUUGCAUAAGGGGAAGAAAAGAGGGACUCAAGAUGAAGUGUCUAUAUUUUUGUUUGAUGUUCAGAAGAGUUCUGAAACUCUGUUUGAUAUAGCAAAGGCAUCACUAAAGAGACUAAAGACUAUGCGGCACCCUAGCCUUUUACAUUACUUAGAUAGCUGUGAAACUGAGAAAUUUUUGUAUGUAGCUACAGAAUGUGUAGAGCCUUUAGCAACACAUGUUGUUGAUAUGAAACUAGAGGGCCAACAGAGAGACUUGUUCCUGGCGUGGGGCAUCUUUCAAAUUACUAGAGCAUUAUCAUUUUUAAAUAAUGAUGGCAAUAUGAGGCACAAUAAUGUGUGUCUCUACUCAAUAUUUGUCACAAUGGCUGGAGAAUGGAAACUGGGAGGCUUUGAGUUCCUCACCACACACGGCCAGGACUCACCCAGUGGCAUACCUAUCAAAAUAUUGCCAGCUUUAGAAAUAUAUGACCCUCCAGAAAAGAAGGAUCCUACUAAAUUAAAGUCUGUUACUAAAUGUUCAUCAGACAUGUGGGGCCUCGGCUGCCUGAUCUGGGAGGCGUUCAACUCCCCGCUGAAGAACCAGCCCUCACUGAAGGUGCUGGAGAACAUCCCCAAGCAGCUGUGCUCGCUGUACUGCGAGCUAGUCAGUGCCAACCCCGCCUCCAGGCCUAAUCCCGCCGAUAUUAUCACUAGGUGUCGCAAAAUGGGCGGCUACUUCAAGAACGACCUCAUAGACACUAUGCUUUUCCUAGAAGAGAUCCAGAUCAAGGACAAGGUGGAGAAGGGCAAGUUCUUCUCCACGCUCAGCAGCCACCUGGACAGCUUCCCGGAGGCCGUGUGCGUGCACAAGAUACUGCCGCAGCUGCUCACUGCGUUCCACUACGGGGACGCCGGAUCUGCCGUUUUAAAUCCUAUGUUUAAGUUGGGCAAGCUCCUAGACGAAGCAGACUACCAGAAGCAGAUCGUGCCGUGCGUGGUGAAGCUGUUCGCGUCCAACGACCGCACCACGCGCUCGCGCCUGCUGCAGCAGCUCGACCAGUUCAUCAUGCAUCUGCAGAACGCGACCGUGAACGAGCAGAUCUUCCCGCAAGUGGUGCACGGGUUCCUGGACACGAACCCCACGAUCCGCGAGCAGACGGUCAAGUCCGUGGUGCACCUCGCGCCCAAGCUCAGCUACAACAACCUCAACGUGGAGGUGUUGAGGCACUUCGCGAGGCUACAGAGCAAGGAUGACCAGGGCGGGAUCAGGACGAACACAACAGUCUGCCUCGGCAAGGUAGCCGCGCACCUGCAUCCCCAGAUCAGACAGAAGGUGCUAGUCUCGGCCUUCGUCCGCGCCACUCGCGACGCGUUCCCGCCGGCGAGACAAGCCGGGGUCUUGGCACUGGCGGCCACACAACAGUACUUCCUACUGGCUGAGGUGGCCAAUAGGGUGCUGCCGGCGCUGUGUCCGCUGACCAAUGAUCCGGAGAAACAGGUGCGCGACGCGGCGUUCAGGACUAUCCGCGGGUUCCUCGGCAAGCUGGAGAAGGUCUCUGAAGACCCCAGCCUGAAGGAGGGCAUGGAGGCGGACGUGCACACAGCGACGCCAUCUCUAAGCAACGCGGCGGCGACGUGGGCGGGCUGGGCCGUCACCGCCGUCACCGCCAAGUUCUACCGCUCGCACUCCGACACCGCCAGAGUCAACCCCAAGUGUGCGCUGUCCAAACCGGGAUCGCUGGAGCAACCGUCCUCCAGCAGCAUGUCGACAACGACGUCGUCAGUCACGUCGAUGACGUCGCUGGAGCACAGCGAGAGCGCCUCCGACUACGACCCCGAGCACUGGGACAUGGCCGCGUGGGGCGAGAUCGACUCCAGCGCUGGAACGGGCGCGAGCGCCAAGUCGCCGGCGAGCAGCGGCAGCGCGGCGGCGGCGGGCGGGCUGGCCGCGCUGUGCGAGGACGAGUGGGACAACGAGGAGUGGGGCACGCUGCAGGAGGAGCCGACGGCAGAAGCCGAGCUAGCCAGCCCAUCAGAAACCUGGAACAACUCCCAAUGGGCGGACCCGGUACUAACAUCCGUCACUCACAACGCGGCGGCGACGUUCGUGCGCAACUCGCUGGAGCACCGGCCGUCGCACCAGAACAGCAACGACUCGCUCGGCGGCUGGGAGGACACUGAGUUCCAGCCGAUUGAAGAGGUUGUUGAUGGCAACAACGCAUCAAAGAUGGAAGAGAUGAGAAAGAAGCGUGAAGAGAGAAAGCUGCAACGCCAGAGAGAGAUGGAGGCGCGGCGCAACGCGCGCGGGCAGGGGCCCAUGAAGCUCGGCACCAAGAUCGCCGCCGCGCCGCCGCCAUUUUAGAAAACCGUUAUAUUUGAAAAUCUUAUUUGAAACGCUCUCCGGAUUUAUGUAAGUUGAUGGUGUAUUGCUGUUAAAGCGAAGGGACUGUGGACGAAGUUAUCAUUCACAGCGUCAUUGUUCUGUAUUAAGAAGGUUCACUGUGCAUUCGGUACUUUUCUUUUAUGUUGGGUGUAAAAAGUGCCGAAUUAGAUAAACCCAAUAUUGAGCGUCUGAUCGCGGAUGAGAUGAUAAAAACUGUUUUAACAUUUUACUACAGUUUUAGCUUUAUCUAUUAGGUAAUCAAUUGAAACAUUAACCAUUCCCUUCCGAUUAGAUUAAGCAUACUUGUAUAAUUUAUAAAAUAUUAUACUGUUUGUUUAACGCUGAGCUGACUUAAAAUAAAACCUACGAAUUUAAUUGAUUAAAACUUUAUCCAUCCAAGAACUUUUAAUGAGACAAUCUUUUACUUACUAAAUUAAGAUUGAAUAACAUUUUAUUCGAUGUAAAGUUUUAAACCACAGUAACUUUAUAAAUGCACAACUAUUCUAAAACAGUAAUUAUUACUUUUACAUACCUUGACUCCUCUUUAUUCGUACAUAAUUCGCAUAUACACUUUCCUAAAUAAUAGCAUAAUUGUCUUUUUGUGCUAUGUUCUAAAUUCAAACUUUUUACUAAACUUUAUCUUGCUCAUGCUAUUUGGCGAACUAUAUGGGCUCUAUAAAAUGCGUGUUUAUUUUUCAUAACAGAACCGAGGUCUAUUAGUUUUAUGAAAUUUAAAAUGUAUUUUAUUAGUAUUUUACUUUAAAUAGAGCAUAGGAACGAAUGUAGGUAUAUGUUUGUUACAUACAAGUGGCCAAGUGACGAUAUUAUGUAGUUGAAAAAGAUAUAUCCUGAUAUGAAUUUAAGAUUUACAGUCGUGCAACAAUGCUGAUAAAAACACAUUCGGAAAAAAUUAUUAUGUAAUAACAUAAUAUUAUUAAUAUUUUUAAAUUUUAUAUAUUAUUAGUUUAUAAUCACAUAGCAUUUUUAGAUUAUCAAGGUUAUAUCAUGUAAUUAUAUUUAAUGUGUAAAAUUCCUUGAUUGUAGUCACUGCGUCGAGAUAGUUAGCUAAUUAAUGAGUUACCUUAUUUAUUUUAUAUGGAUAUAAAUAAGAAAGCCAUAGUUAUUUCGAUAUGAACUAUAAAGACUUCUGCUGUUCGGGAUCAAGUACUGUAACAAAGACACCAAAAAUGUAAGCUCAAGUGAGAAUGUAAAAUUUAAAAAUAAAAAGUCAAGUUAAUUAAAAAAAAAAUAUUUUAUAAAGAGAUAAAAUCAAUGCAUCACAAGAGACGAAAGGUAUGGUAUUAAUAAUAAUCCAGUAUUCCAUUGGACUGCUCUCUUCACCAACCCGCACUUGGCCAGCGUGGUGGACUAGGCCUACACCCUUCCUUCAUUAGAAGGAGACCCUUGCCCCAGCAGUAAGGACGUAAUGGUUCGUGAUGAAAAUCCAUUGGACAUAAUGAAAAAUUAAAGAGUCAAUUUAUUAUUGUACUUGUGUACCAUUCUUCGAUCAUUCAUAGUUUUGCACCAGUUUUGCAUGAAAGGAUUUGUAAAGCGCGGAUGGUGUGGCCUAGAAUAUUAUCUUAUACCUAUAGUACCUAGCUCGCAGCGCUGGUUUGAAUGCCACUAGUACAGCUGAGGCAGGGUAGGGUAGGUACGGUCAUAUGUAGAGAAACCUGACCCCCUUCUCAUAGUAACAAUGCUUCUGAGGGGUAAGAUUUCUCUGCCUUAUACUGUACAUACUUAACAUACUGAUGAAGACUUGUCAUAGGGAUGGUGGAAAUCCAUAUUAGGUACUACAUCAUUUUAUAAUGAAUUUUUAUUAUUUGUAUAUACCUAGUUAGCGUGUUUUAUUAAUGCUUGUAAUGAGUACAGUAAAAAAGAAGUGGUUCAAAUAUGAAAUUUCCGAUUUGUAAAAUGUCAAGUUUAGUACAUACCUAAUAGUUUUUUUUACUGUAUCAUAAAAAAAACAACUAUUAGUCGCUCAAGGCUUUCACUGUUUCCCAGAUGUGAAGAAUAUAGUCAGGGCAACGGGCCAUUAUAUGCACCACUGUGAUUUGAAAGAUAUUCAAACAAGUCACUUAAAAAUACGUUGUCUUAUUUAACGUUUGUAUUGUAAUAUUUAUGUAUUUAUUGUUACUGUGUAAAUAUUAAGCUUCUUUAACUGAGGGGAGGAGUGCAAUGAUAUAGGAAGGUAUAUGAGGGUGUCAAUUGUUUCUACUCUAAAUGUACUGACACUUUGCUUAUGAAUUUUGUCAACGUUGAUGUCGUGUGUUCGGUGGUCGUUUUGUUACAUUGGUGUUUGUGGGUCCAGUACCAUUACUCAUAUAAUAACGGGAGUCAUCGGAGCAGUAAACUAUACCGUUUAUAUAUUGUUAUAGGGUGCGUUUAUACUUGGUAUGUACGGAGAAAUCUGUCAGAUUAUGGUCUAUGCACAAAGAGAACUGACACAUUGGCGAUAGACAGUUUUCAACGUAUAUACAGCCUUAUAUUUAUCAAAAACUUCAUCUCUCGCAUGUCUCGUUUUUACAAUAUUAAAAUAUGUAAUUAUGAUUGCAGGCUGUUUGGGCAAUUUGAGCAUAAAGAUACAAAUGGAAUGUUUAGUUUUUUUUAAUAAUUCACCGUUUAUUUUACUUAAGAAGUAAAAAAAAACAAUACAAUAAUAUGUCUUAAUUAAUAUAGUACUGCUGUUUAUAAUUUUAUGUAUGAUAAUGUUACUGGUAUGGUUUAGGAAGAAUCUUGCUUGUCGGAAAUAUCCCCCUUCUAUCUGCUACUAACAUUUACACUUCUGUAAAUAAAAGUUUUAAAUAUAAAUA